GAGUUUUCUUGUCACUGUCUGACGCAAAUGAGCACAGGAGUGAUGUGGAAUGUUAGGUUUCAAUUUUGCUUUCGCGAGAUCGCGCUUGUCUGAUGUAAGAGAUUUUCUUUUCUCUCUGCUUUAGUCUGGGUCAUUUCAGCGGUCGGAAGCAGCUCACUGAAGCCUGUCGUGGUAUGAUAUAUAUUAUUCACAGCUUUCUAUUCAUCUGUGCUAAAUAGACUGAGUGAAGCUUGUGAUCCUGUGAUGUUGGACGGGAAGGCUUGGAACCGAGCUUGCUUCCACCUUUUGGUGUUUGCAUUAUGUGGAGUCAUAACUCACUGCCAGUCUCAAAGCAAAGGCUCUUCAAAGCAGCGGACUCUCUUUUUGGUUGGAAAAACUGGCUCUGGAAAGAGCGCAUCAGGAAACACCAUCUUGGGUCGCUCUGUGUUUAGAGAAGACGCCUCGGCUGAGUCGGUGACAAAAACCUGUGAGAGACGAGAGCCACUGGAAGGAGACAGAAACAUCGUGGUGAUCGACUCUCCUGGAAUAUUUGACACACAUAAAACACAAGUCCAACUCAAAGAAGACAUUGAGCAGUGUGUUAAGCUGUCGGUUCCUGGGCCUCAUGCUUUUCUGUUAGUGAUAAACUUAAAGUCCAGAUUCACAAAAGAGGAAAAGGACACUGUGAAGUGGAUCCAGGAUAAUUUUGGCUCUGCUGCUGCUACUUUCACCAUAGUCCUGUUCACUCAUGCUGAUGUGUUGAGAGGUAAAUCUGUUGAGGACUUUGUGGCAGAAAGCAAACACCUACAAACUCUAAUACAGCAGUGUGGAGGAAGAUACCACUCGUUAGUCAAUGGGCUGAGUUCAGACAGAAAACAGGUCACAGAACUUCUGGAUAAAAUAGAUGAAAUGGUUCAAAUAAAUGGGGGAGACCAUUACACCAAUAGCAUGUACAAAAAAGCCCAGAGGGAACUGGAGGAGGAAGAGGAAAGAGCAUGUAGGGAGGAAUACGAGAGGAGAAAGGCAGAAAAUAAAAGGUGUGAAGAAGAGGAACGAAGAGAGAGAGAGGAGAGGGAGAGAAGGCAAAAACAUACUUCUUGGUGUAAGGUAGUAAAUAUUGGUUCCAAACUAAUGACGUUUCUCUCUGGAAAUCCCUACAUUCUUGCAGCAGACACUGUACUUGAUCUUUUUGUAGACAAAUGUGACAUCAUUAAGUAUUUUGAGGACUGAGAACUGUAACAAAAUGAGACAACAUAUCACAGCGAUACACAACGAUGAAUGAACUGUGUAAUCAGGACACUGGUAGACAACAGUUCCUAAUCUACAGAAAACAAGGACAUGAAAUCAAAUCCUGGGACUUUUAUUUUCUAUAUCUGAAUAAUUCAGGCUUUGUUUUGGUUUUCACUUUGGAUUUUCUUACUAUUUUGUGCAUGUGAAGACUUUCUUUUAACAUAACACAUCACUGCUCUUAUAACCUGACACAAGUAAUGCACAUGUAGAGAUUUAUUUUCCUCACAGAAAAAAACAUGUUCAACAACUUAACACAGGUUUGGCAGAUCUUUUUUGAUAAUUCUUCACUUAAUUAUAAAUACAUGCAAAUGCAAAAAAAAAAAGUCCAACUGUCAGGAUUAUCUCUAUGUAACCGUUGUGUAUUCCUUCAGUUAAUCAUUUUAAGAUCAUGUAUGAGAAAACAUCCGUGUUGUAAUCAAGUGGAUUUAUUUGAACUUUCUAUUCAUAACGAUCGACUUUUCUUGAAGUUUCUUAGUUUUGUUUCAAGGUUUUUUAUUUUUUGUUUUCAGGGUUUAAUCUGAAAGAACAACUCCUAUAUUUUAAAAAUCUGGAGUGGUUUGCAUCAGUUUUACUGCCUUUCAUUUAAUUCAGUGGUUUUUCUUUUAAUAAAUGCUUACUUGAACAUGCUUCUUACAUUUUCUUUUCAUGUAAUCAUUUUCUGAUUUCAUUUCAGAUUGAAUUUGUUCCUAUACAGGGAAACAAUACCUGUUAAAGCCAGUGUUGAUGGCCAAGUGAAGCCUCAUGAAGCAAUGAAGCUUUCCAGCUCUUUGCUUUGCUCAAAGGUUCAUUACUUGAUGCUUCAUUCAUUACUCACAAAACUGACAUCUGCUGCUGGAACUGUAACAGCCUUGUGACUCAGAUCGGUCAUACUUCACAAAAAAAUAAAAUAAUAGUAUUGUCACAAUGUUUG